UACAACAAAACAAGAGUCAAGGGACCCCGCGGCCAAACCUUUACACACGCGCCGCAAAGUUUGUCAACACGGCUGCGGGGCGCGGGGCAGGGGCGGGGCGGCCACAGAACUACAAGAAGAUAUAAGUGCCUCGUGUUGCUGUGUGAGGCUGUGGGUGAGGUGCGGUGUGAGGUGGCGGCAACAGCACGACCGCCACCAACAACAACAUGGCUGGGUUUGGCUUGGAGGAGAUUGGCAUCCCUGGAGGGGUGUACUUGAAGGAGUCCCUCACCCAGUGCACGGACCCACUCAAGGCCAUCGAGGAGUUCCAGGUUGAGAAUGGCAUCCUUCUGCCCUCACUGCGGCCGAUGCUCCACCUGCUGGAUCUCCACGGGGUCAAGCGCCUCGACUUCCACAACUCCAUCAUGGAGGAGCUAAGAGACAAGCUUAUCUCACAAAUCAGUGAGCUUGGUAAGAGAGAAGGAAGAGAAAGGGACCGUAAGCUGAAGGAGCUGCUGACCAAGAGCUUCCCCGUCAUCAAGAUCAAGGCACUGCGGCCCGUCGUGAUGUGUAUCCUCAAGCACAUGUCACACGUCGAGGACAAGUACCUCAAGAUCCUGGUGAGGGAUAGGGAGCUCUACGAGGCGUGUGACACCGAGGUGAAGCGUCAGAUCUGGAAGGAUUCCCAGGCACUCUUUGGAGACGAGGUUUCUCCGCUCCUCACGGGCUACAUCACCAGCAAGGAGGACACACUCUUCAACGUGGAGAACCUCAACAACCUCUUCUUCAGCCCCUCCCCAAAGGCAAGGCGACAGGGUGAGAUGGUGCAGAAGCUGGUGCACAUGAUCGGCAAGAACGUGAAGCUGUACGACAUGGUGCUCCAGUUCCUCCGGACACUGUUCCUGCGGACACGUUUCAUCCACUACUGCUCCCUGCGUGCUGAGCUGCUGAUGGCUCUGCAUGACAAGGAGGUGCAUGACAUCAUCGCCGUCGACCCCUGCCACAAGUUCACCUGGUGCCUUGACGCCUGUAUCAGGGAGGGGAAGGUGGAUGCCAAGAGGUCUCGAGAGCUCCAAGGGUUCCUGGACAGCAUACGAAGGGGACAAGAGCAGGUGCUGGGAGACCUGUCCAUGAUCCUGUGUGAUCCGUAUGCUAUCAACUUCCUGGCCAACUCAGUGGUCCGGCUACUGCAGCACCUCAUGAAUAAUGAGGCCAUGCCGAGGGAUAACUCAGUGUUGGUACUGAUGCUGAGAAUGUUGGCACUGGGGCUGCACAGCUGGGACAUGAUUGAGAGCCAGCUUUUCCGGGAGCCUAAGCUGGACCCACAGAUUGUGACCAAGUUCCUGCCUGCUCUUGUCUCCCUCAUGGUGGAUGAUGACGUGCGGCGCCUCAACGCUCGGCUGCCCCUGGACGAGAGGGAAUCUGCCAUCACUAUCAUUGAACACUCAGGUCCUCCACCGGAUGCCUACCAAGCCUACCUUCAGGAGAGCAGCGUGGCGUGCAUCCUGGCCAUGUACUACACCCUCCACACAGCCACACGCAAGGACAAGACAGCGCUCAUGAGAGUACUUGGGACACUCGCCACUUGCCACCAGGACCGUGCCUUCCAAGACACAUUCCUACACUCCCUGGUGGCUGCCUUAAUUCCCAUGGCUGAGGACUUUGCAACAGAGGAUUUCUGCACGGUGGUGUUUGACGAGUUCUUCUUUACAAACAUCAACCGAGAGAAUGUGAUGCGGCAUGUGAUCAAGCUGGUGUGGUACAUCCACCCAAAGUUGCCGCCGGCCCGCCUGGACACCCUGCAAAAGGCACUACAGCCUGGCCCUCACCAGGGUGAGGCCAUCCAGGGCCUGUACGAGAAAUUCCAGGCCAGACUUCGGGAGUUCCAGGAUGUUCAGAACCAGCCCACGCCAAUGACCGAGAUGGACUCCCCACUCAUGGCUGUGCCCACUCCUGCCCCCAUACAGUAGUCUCCCUCCACCCCCUCUCCCUCUUUCUCUCUCUGUUCACUUAUUUUCUGCACCUCAGAUAACAAAUUAUAACAAAGCCCUGGACGUACAUGCCAGUGUAGGCAUGUGAAGUCCUUAAACCUAAAAUUUAUGUAAAAAAAAAAGUACAUUUUCUUUAC